GCUCUCUUUUCCACCUUUUAUUCACAUUUAAUCUAGCUGCUUGCAGAUAUCAUGGAGCCAUUCCCCUCUCACGGGUGUCCUCAUGCCAAGUCGAGCUGUGCCGAUGCUUGCCAGGCAGACGCCGAAGCCAGGAAACAGCAGAAACGGGCCCAGAACCGGGUGAAUCAAAGAGCGCAUAGGAUGCGUCUUAGGGCGAAAGAGGCCGAGGCGCCCCCAGGCCCUCGCCCAUAUCGGAUUUAUCGUUGGCGUUGGCAAUUCCCGGAGCAAAAUGUCCCCGAGACCGGAUAUGCCCCGACAGAAGUCGCAAACGCAGCCGUUGUUCCGAGCUCUCUGCGACCAUCUCCAGCUGGCGAACUGCAAUCGAUGCCCCUGGUGGGAGUCGUCUAUCAGGGGUGGGAUAACACUGCCAUCUCAGCGGAAUCCGACUCCUCACAUCAUGUCGAAUUUCCUCUUUCCGCCGACCAUUUCCUUCAUCUUAUCCGCUACAACGUCUUUCGGGGACUCAUCUCGAUCAAGACGAUGCUCAAUCUCUUAACAAUCAAGGUAGAUGGGCCUUUCGAAAUGCCCGCACCACCCCACACAACUGGGCCAUGUUGGGGACAUGCAACUAUUUACCCCGUCCAUCCGGGCAUCCCCAACUGCCUCCUGCCAACUACUUCACAAAUGAGCCGCCCCCACUCUUUCUGGAUUGAUAUGAUUCCUUUCCCACAACUCAGAGAUAACCUUAUCACAUGGGAGGCCUCUUUUAACCACUUGGAGUUCUUGUAUGAUCUUGUUGGAAGCCUUCUCAACAGUACAUCACUUGGACAGCAAGGAGCCUUUGACAGCCUUGCAACAUCUAGCCAGCUGAUAGUCCGUGAAGAUGAUACAGAUGAACUAACUGCUGGCCGACAAGGGCUCAUUGUAUGGGGAGAGCCACAUGAGAAGGAAAAUUGGGAAGUGACGCCUGGAUUCUUCAACAAAUGGGCGUAUGUCUUAGAGGGCUGUGAGGAACUUGUAAAUAUCAGUAACCGCUGGAGGAUAGCAAGGGGAGAGGAGCCCUUACAACUUGAUGCACCUAGAGCACUGUAAUGGUGACUCUAGCUCUGCUAUAUUGUUACGGCCUGGUCCUCCGAACAGCGAAAAGGUUUGAAAGAGUAGCUAGGGUGCUCAGUAUUUGCUGCCAUAGCGAUUAUUAACCAAUCUUUUGCUAUGCUAGAUAACUGUUAUGGGCUGAAUGGCUAUAGAGGAAUAUGUAUACAGUUAGCAAUCAGUUACCACGCUUACGGACAAAGUGAUAGAAGGGGAAAGUAGUGCUAAAAGGAGUGCCCACGAAGCUAAUGGCCAGCUUGAGGCCAGCUCGGCUAUAGAGUUGUCGCAGAUGGAGGGGCAAGUAGCAUUGAGAGAACUGCCGGUUAAUGCAAACAGGCUAAAGCUUCGGAAGGAUGAGACUCCGUCGAAGGGGUAGGCGAAGUGCCGGAGACUCACU